CGACCUUAACGACACGCAAACAGAUUUACACUUUUUACUCUCCACUUAUUUUACUUUAAGUGCAGAAAGUGCAUUUACAAAUAAACAUUUCCGGCCUUCAAACUUGUCUUAGCAGACUUUUUUAUUGCAAGCGUUCGUUUUGCUCAAUGAUGUUCUCAUCAAGCGGUAUUAACAACGAAGAAAUAUUAAUGAGUCUUGAUUCUUGGGGCGACGAAGUAUUUUCGAAUCUUACUCAUCGAGAACUUGAAUUUCAUUCUCUUAACGAAGAAGAAUUAACAAGCAUUAAACAAGAAAUAUCUGAUAUAUCUAUUGCGGAAGAAAAAGAAGAAAUAAUAUUCGACAAAAUGUUAGAAGGCAAGAAUCAGGUUUCACUUGAUUCAUUCUUAUUAGCUUUUAACGAACUGCAAUCUUGUUCUAUAGACAAUUCAGAAUUAAGCAAAGUGAAUGGAAUGAAAGAUAAAAUUAAAAUAGAGAGUCCGUACUCACAAUUCUUAACAUUAACUGAUAAUUUUAAUGACUCUUCAGAUUCUACUGCUUCAGAUUGGAAAUCUGAAGUAUCAAAAUGUUCUCCAAUGCAAAAUAUGGAUAAGCUCAUUCUACAAACUCCACCAACUUCACCUCAAUCUUUAUCUGUACAAUCGUCUCAAUCGUUUCUCGAUGUACCGAACCUAACAAAGCCAAUAAACAUUUUACCUGCUAACAAACGAAUUAUAAACCAUAAGGACAAAAUUAUUCGACAAAAAGCAGGUUUUAUUAAAGAUGUUCAUACGCAACUCACAAAUACAAAAGCUACACAUAUGUUUACAGAUAAACUCCAAAAUACUAUUAUUCUUCGCACACCAGAUGGUACUGCGUUCGUACAAAACGCAGAUUUGCAACAACAAAAAUUGCAUGCUUCAAAAGCACAAUCUUUGUCAACUACUGGUCAAAUUAGUACAUUGGAUUCUGUAAAUAUAGACACAACUGAUACAAAAACAAAGACAGCACUUCAAUUAUCACAAAAUAUAGAAAUAUUCGAUGCUAUACCAAACUUUUUCCACGAAAAUUUAGUUAAUUCGUUGAUGAAGACCCCUGUCUAUAUAAAAAGUGAACCUAUAUCAUUAGACGAUAUUGUCUUAAAAAGCGAACCUAUAACAUUUGAGGAUAUUGUCUUAAAAAAUGAACCUAUCUCAUUUGACGAUAUUCUCUUAAAGAGUGAACCGAUAAAUUGCACACCAUUUAUAAUGCGCAAAAAAAAUGAAACUGAUUGUGCUUCAUUAAUAAAAGUAAAAGAGAAAACUGAUACAUUAAAUUCACCAGGAAGCAAAAUAGAAUGUGAAUCCAUACAAGCAUUAAAAAGGCAACAAAGAAUGAUAAAAAAUAGAGAAUCCGCUUGUCUCUCACGAAAGAAGAAGAAGGAAUACGUGCAUUCCUUGGAAAAGCGUUUAUCUGAAUUGAAGGAAGAAAAUGAGAAUCUAAAAAUGGAAAACAACUUACUAAAGCAGAAGCUGAUAAACUUAGAAGAUGGCAUUAUAUCUAAUAAAAGAAAAGUUGGAAUUUUAAAUCGUAAUCGGAAGGGCAUUGCUCUUUUUGUCAUACUUUGCAUGGUAUCUGUCAAUAUUAAUACUUUAGGGAUUCUUUCAUGGAAUAUAAAUUUAAAAAAUUUAUUGAAUAAAGCAUCAAUAUCUGUGCCAGAUAUUGAUGAGAUAAAACAUAGUCGAACAUUGCUUUGGACAGGAGUAGAUGAAAACAAUAAUGAUAUAAGAGAUCAAAUUGAAGAAAGUUUCAAUAAAAACAUACCCGUAUAUCAACCGGUAUGUCCGAAUAUUAAUCAAAGUGAGUCAAUACGCUUAGAUAGCGAGUUGAGACGAUGGAUCGAUGGUGAAUCUGAUCGAGAUAAUUGGACUACAUCGGCAAGACCGAAAUUCUUAUUGUCCAGCUUGCCAUUAGAAGGAAAAACAAGGAGAAAACUAUAUUUAUCACAGGAUAAAAAAAUAAAACCUAUGCACAAAAUGAUCGAUGUUCCUACUGCAACGAGUAACGCAGUUCAAGUUUUCUCACCAAUAUUGAGUGAGCAUGCUUCUUUGUUUGAAGCUUUGGGAAGAAGAGACGAUACUUUUUAUGUUGUCUGGUUUACUGGCAAGCAUUUACUCUUACCAGCUUCCAGAACAAACGAUACAGCUAGACCUAAAAUGUCGUUAAUUCUACCCGCUGUAUCUAUAAAAGGUACGUUUUCGACACCACCUGAUCAUGUAACUAUGAUGCAAAUUGACUGUGAAGUGACAAACACGCAACUGCUACAUUUACAACAAUCUAUCAUACCCAUUCAUUUACGAGAUAAUAAGUCUACAAGUCAAUCGAAUCGAUCUCACUCUGUCGAGGACAUAGUUAAUUCGUCCACGGCUAAUAUAAGAAAUAUUAGGAAUCAAAAACCAUAUUUUAUAAAAGAAGCCAAUCGAAAAGCUUUAUAUAGGAAAAACUUCGAAGAUAAAUAUGAAGAUAAAAACAUUAGGGAUUUUCGUAACAAAAAUACUAUUUACGUAUAUAAAGACAAUUUUUAGAGAGUAGAGAAGAUUGAUAUGAUAUUCUGUAAUUCAGAAAAUUAGUUAAUAUAUAAUUAGUUAAUAUAUAAUAUUUAGGACAGCCAAAAAGUAUUAAUGAUGUUAAACUAACAUCCAAAUAUACAUCACAGUGAAAAUGACCGAGAAGAGAGAUUAAUGCAUUUAUAAAUUAUAAUAUUUAUAUACAGGGUGUUUUUUUAAAUAAAGGUAGAAAAAAUCUCUUAGGAACAUAUAGAUUAGGUGAAAAUAACUCUAUAAGUUUAUAUAAAGUUAUAUAAAUUUAUUUUCCUAUACACCCUUAUUGAAAUAUAUUUUCUCCUCCAAAAUUAGAAUCUAAAAAGCAUUUUCUAAAAAUAACCUUUAUAUUAUUUAUCAAAUUUUGAUAAUCUGUAUUAUUUUUGUACUAAAUGAAAGUCGUUAAAAUGGUUUCGUAUAUUUUUUGAUAUUAAACAUAAAAACAUAAAUUAUAAAACUGGGGGACAAAUUAUACCUAAUUUUUUUAAUCCCCAACUUUGAGAUAAGAUUUUUUUUAAUUUUUGGACAGUUUCUUAGGUUUUUCAAACGUUUCUCUAAAAAAAAAUAAUAUAUAGGAUCAUUUUCAUCUAAUCUAUAUGCUCCUAAAAGAUAUGCCGACCUUUACUAAAAAAAAAUCCUAUAUAUUCUUAUGAAACAACACACGAACUGUAGUUAUAUAAUAAUAACUAUAAUACAUACAUAUAUUAUAGUUAUUAUAAUUACACAGAUCGUGUGUUAUGUUCCAUAAAAAUGUAGAGAAGAUAGAAAAGUGCAAUUUCAUUUUCAUUGUAAUAUAUAGACAUGUAUAAUACAUAGAAUAGUACACAUAUGUACAAAGAAUAUAGGAAUUAGGAAUAAGAUAAAUAUAAGAGGGGAGGAUGACGUGAAAGGGGUAUGAAAGAUUACACACGCAGUGUAAAAUAAAUAAUAAUGUAUCUUGUAUGUUUUUAUAUAAAUACUAUUAUAUAGCAUUUCAAUUUAUUCAUAAUUCUUGGUUAAAAUAAAUAUAUUAGGUAAAAUAAAUAUUGAUAAUACAACUCUGUAAUAGCUUGUCUACAUAAACGCUAAUAGUGAAAAAUCGUGAUACUUAACUCUAAGUUCUUAUUGAUUACACAAAAUUCCUAGGAAUGACACAUAUUAUAGCAAAUCCUUAAACUUCAACUGUACAAUAAACGUACAUUUCAUAAUA